AGGAGAAAAAUGCUGAUAACCGGCAUUUCCCUGUUUACAUGUGAUCAUCUGUGAUUGGACACAGCUGAUCACAUGACCGAGCUGACAUCUUUGUCUCUUUCUGUUGAUCGGUGAUCCGCUAUGUCCGAGGGACACAGCACACUACCGAUCGCCGCACGCUCCCUGAGCCGCACAUGUGCGGUGAGAAUGGGAAGACGUCAUAUGACGUCCUCCCAGAACGAGAGAAACGCCUUGCGCCUGUCAUUGUACUAUAUGGUGGGUGGGAGCUAGUUAAAGUGACACUAAACUCUGG